UUGGCUUCUUGCAGAACUGGGUGUGCUGGCUGCCUGUGAGCACAGAAGGGGAGGAGGAGGAGGCUGGAUCGCUGGCAGCUCCUGCAAAAGAGGGAUAAAGCCGUAGGGAAGGAUGGUUGUGCAGGACCCAGCUGCAGGUCAAAAGGAAUGCAACUCUGUCAUGGGUGAUUACCACAUCCGUACAUACGAGGACAGGGACUAUGAGGCGGUGCGCACCAUAUUCUCCCACGGCAUCCCGGAGCACGCUCUGGCUGCCUAUUGGCAAGUUCUCAGGUGCCCUCAAACCCAUACGUUGCUGGUGGCUAUCAUCGGCGUGGCCUACAUGAUCUCAGCCUGUCUCGUCUGCUCCCUUGGAGUUGUAGCUUCCGUUUUGUUCAUGGGAUGGAUUUACAUGAAGGGCCAAUGGAAAGAGUAUGUCCAAGCUGCGUUGGCCAAGGACCUUCUGGACAUCCGGAAAACCUACCUGGAAACCAAAGACUCUUGCCUUUGGGUGGCGACGUCUGGGGAGGAGGUGGUAGGGAUAGUGGCCGCGGUCCAGCCAGACAACCAUUCUCAACGGGGCAACACGCUGGAAUUGAAACAUAUGACGGUGGUCAAGGCACACAGGGGCCGCGGGCUCUCCAAGGCACUUACCAGGACUGUCAUCCACUUUGCCCAGGAGCAUGGGUACAAGGAAGUGGUGCUGGGCACUUCCAUGGUGCAGAAUGCAGCUCAGCAAGUGUACACGGGGAUGGGCUUCCGCAAGGUGAAAGAGGAGCACCCCUCCCUCUUGGCUAAGCUGCUUCAGUUCUACUUUUGCUACUACCGCUACGAAAUUGCUGGAACACAUUAAGGCCUUUCUCCAGAAGGCUGCCCGGGGACUCAAAGAUGCUGCAGAAACAGAUGUGGGAGAGCCAGGUUCGAAUCUUCAUUCUGCCAUCGAAUCUCGCAGAGCUGGCAUGUUUAGGCUGGUCACACACUCUUAGCCUAACCUACCUCACAGGGUAGAUUGGAGUAGAGAAGAAUGUCAGCGGCUUCCCUCUCGCCCGUCCCCCUAGUAGCAGCCGCACCACAACCGCGCAAGCGGCAAGUCCCCGUAAGCUCAUGUUCUGCAGAAGGCUGAAAUACGCAGAGCAAUGUAGUUUUAGCUGCUUCAACCUCAGACAAAUGAUCAAUUUAAGAUUUUGUUAAGCAGGGGCUGUUCUAAUAAACUGAAGUUUUUAAUACUAGAAGGUUUGGGAUUGGGAUUGUUAUUUUGGUCUGGUGUGUGUGUGCGCACUAUUUAAAUGUCAUCCCCAUUGAGCUUUGCUGUGGCCUUUAACACCACUAAUGCUGUCACGCCCCCCCCCCAAACCCCUAAUGGUGGUGUAAAAAUGCUUGGCUUGGCAUGGGUGGGCAGCCCCUCUGUUUAUGAAGCAAUGCCCUGUCCCGGGAGACCUACCCAGGCAGCAGGCAGUCCACACGUUCUGACGGCAGGGAGGUGAUCCUCUGUAUAAAUCGAUGGUGAGGCCUCAUUUGGAGUACUGUGUACAGUUCUGGUCGCCACACCUUAAAAAAGAUAUCAUAGCACUGGAAAAAGUACAGAGAAGGGCAACUAAAAUGAUUAAAGGGUUGGAACACUUUCCCUAUGAGGAAAGAUUGAGGCGCUUGGGGCUCUUUAGCCUGGAGAAAAGACGACUGAGGGGAGACAUGAUAGAGGUUUACAAGAUAAUGCACGGGUUAGAGAAGGUAGAGAAAGAUGUGUUUUUCUUCCUUUCUCACAAUACAAGAACUCGUGGGCACUCUAUGAAAUUAUUGAGCAGUCGGGUUAGAACAGAUAGAAGAAAAUACUACUUUACACAAAGGGUGAUAAACACAUGGAAUUCGUUGCCACAGGAGGUGGUGGCAGCUACAAGCAUUGCCAGCUUCAAGAGGGGACUGGACAAAUAUAUGGAGCAGAGGUCCAUUAGUGGCUAUUAGCCACAGGAGAUAGAUGGUAUUCUCUUUGUGGGGAGGUGGUGCUCUGUUGUCUUGGUGCUGGAAGGAAGGCAGUGGGAGGGCUUCUGGUGUCCUGGCCUCACUGACAGUCCUUUAGAUGGCACUGGAUUUCUAGCCACUGUGUGUGACAGAAUGUUGGACUGGAUGGGCCACUGGCCUGAUCCAACAUGGCUUUGCUUAUGUUCUUAUGUUCUUAUGAUCCCCUUUGGCCACAGGGUCGUUGUGUGGGUAGAUUGGAGUAGAGAAGAAUGAUGUCAGCGGCUUCCCUCUCGCCCGUCCCCCUAGUAGCAGCCACACCACAACUGCGCAGGCUGCAGCUCCCCGUGAGCUCAUGUUCUGCAGAAGGCUGGCUUUCAUCAAUACCCAGAGUUUUAGCUGCAGUUUUAGCUGCUUCAACCUCAGACAAAUGAUCAAUUUAAGAUUUUGUUAAGCAGGCACUGUUCUAAUAAACUA